CUUUUAAAAGGUUCUAAUGGAAGCAUUGAAGACCAAGCCAAUCACCUUCCUCUGAAAUUGCAGGCUGGAAUGACGUUAGCGUACGUCGUCAUCUUUAUCAUAUCUCUUGUGGGCAACCUGAUGAUGGUUUAUGUCAUUUUCAAGAAGCCGCACCUGAGAAAGAGAACUAACCUUCUGUUGGCGAACAUGGCGAUAGCAGAUCUCGUGAUCACCUUUUUUGCUAUGCCAUACUCCGUAGUGUUCCUGUAUUUGAGGAACGUUUGGAUUUCUGGAAUAUUCGGAGAUGUAACUUGUAAAAUCAUACAGUAUGCCCUUGCCCUCUCCAUCUCGGCAUCCAUACUUACACACACUCUUGUCUCCCUAGAUCGCUUCUUUAGCAUAUUGUUUCCUUUCAAGCGUGUAAGCUUUAUUAAAAAUCCAAGACUUAGUUAUUCAUUCAUUUGGUGUGCCUCCUGUUUACUAAUGAGUCCGUACUUCGUUGUGUACGGAGUAAAAAACAUUGGUCCCGACGGUCCGAGCUACUGUGUUGUAAAAGAAGAGUAUUUCAAAUUCCUUCAGGUGUUCUUUGCUCUCGUCUUCCUACUUCUUUAUGUCGUUCCUCUGGUGUUCAUUGGGACAUUGUACGCGUUUAUUUGUCGAAAGCUGUGGAGAAACAAUGCUCCAGGUAGUCGUUCGCGCAUGGCAAUGCUAAAACGAGAAGCUCAAAAUAAGAAAACUGUGAAAAUGCUCAUCAUUCUUGUAAUGUCAUUUGCCUUUUGUUGGCUUCCCGCUCAUAUCAUGCAUUUGUUAAUACUCUUUUGGAGUGACAUUGCUGUGCCUGUUGUUGCAACACUCUUGUCUUUUUGGGCGUGUCAUUCGCACAGCGCAAUAAACCCCAUACUGGUCACGUCACUCAAUGGAUUGUAUCGAAAAGCGUGUUGUGAAAUUAUCUGGAAUCUCCGAAAGACUCGACGAAUGAACAAUAAUGCCCCGGGAAGAAAACUGUUAAUCAACGACAGAUUCAAUAAUAGUAUGAAACUGAGAGAGAGCCCUGUGUAA